UGCAGCUAUGCUGCUUACACUAAUGAAGGGCGGUGCGUGCAACGUUGUUACUCAAAAAGUGUGGAGCCAUCUGCCCUAGCCUGACAUCGUCGUCGAAAUGUUUUAGUACCGAAAUCGAGAUGCCAGGCAAUGUGCAUCAUUUCGGUGCCUGGAUACAUGUAUAACUGGUAGUAUUGCAUCAAUAUUGGCCUUCUACCAGUGGGACAUAUACCCUUAUUGUACUUUCUAAGCUUCCUACCCUAGACUUGUACAUGCACAAACGCACACGCAUAUUGUGUGCGCAUGUGCUUUGUCAACUAUUGCCUACACAUCAUGAGAUUCUUGGGAUUUAUAUCAUUUCCCAUUUCGCCUACUGUGUUAUCUCAAAAACUGCUGCUACCACUUCAGCGAUUAUCCUUUUUAUCCAUGUCUGUUGUCACCUGGUUCCUCAUGAUACUGGUAACUGCAGCCAUAGAUACACCUGCUAGUACUGUUCCACCUGUGCAAGAAAACAGAUCUUUACAUGUUAUAACGCAGUUUCCUAUGGGAGAUGGUCAAAGAUAUGGAUUUUAUCCUCUAGAUCCAAAUACAACAAGAGAAGGUGUUCUUCGAUUUAAUCAUCUUACUAUAGAUCCUGCUACAGGAAGAUUGUAUGCAGGUGCUAUCAACAGACUUCUACAAUUAGAUUCGAAUCUCAGAUUGGAGGAAUAUGUUUCCACAGGACCAAGAUUGGAUAAUCCUCAGUGUCAUGCAACAGGCUGCCCUUCUGGGGACAUAACUACAUCUUUAAUGGAUAAUGUAAACAAAUUAUUAAUUGCUGAUCUUGAGUCACAAACAUUGAUUGCGCGUGGUUCCCUUCUUCAAGGUGCUUGUGAAAAGUACAAAAUGUCAAACAUAUCUAUUAAACCGGAAUUCAUUCCCCAUAGUGUAGCAGCAAAUGAUGAAAACUCUUCUACAUAUGCUUUUAUUGGACCUGAAAGAUACAAUGCUUGGGGACAAACAAAUAUACUCUAUGUUGGUACUACAUUCACUAAUAGAGGAGAUUACAGACACGAUGUGCCUGCCAUUUCCAGUAGAAAUCUGCAUAAUUUAGAAUUCGCAGAGUAUACGUUCAAUAAACAAUCGAUCGUGUAUAUCGAUGUGAAAUACCGAGAUCAUUUCCUUGUUAAAUACGUGUAUGGUUUCAAUGCCAGUGAUUAUGCGUAUUUUGUGCUAGUACAAAAACAAUCUCAUCUUCCGGAAGAAGAAGAAAAGGGUUAUAUUUCUAGAUUGGCUCGCAGUUGUAUCAGCGACCCGAAUUAUGAUAGCUACACAGAAGUGACGUUACAGUGCACUGUCGAUUUAGGUGACGGAAAACCUCAGUCUUAUAAUUUAGUGCAAGAUGCAAAAGUAGCAACAGCUGGUAGUGAUAUUGCCAUGCACCUCGGUAUUUCUGUCGGUGAUCCCAUUUUUGUCUCUGUAUUUUCACCAAGUAGAGGUAUUACGAAUGAACCUCUAUCCCGAUCAGCACUUUGCGUGUACAGUCUACAGAUGAUUGAAACAAAAUUUGAUGAAAAUAUUCAUAUGUGUUUUAAUGGUAGUACCAAAUAUAGAAAUAUGGGUUACGUCAGUGGUCCUAUACAAGAUGGAAAAUGUCCUACAGCAGGAACAACAGGCAACAUUUUGAAUUUUUGUGAAGUAGGUUUGAAGAUUUCUGGAAUGUCACCGAUUGUAGGGGAAGCAAUCUUACAUUUUCCCGACGAAUUCAUCACUUCCGUAACAAUAGCUAAUACAGAAAGUCACACUGUUGCAUUUUUGGGUACUAACGAUGGUGUCCUCAAAAAAGUUUUACUUUCUGGAAACGAUGCAUUCGUCUAUGAAAGUAUCGUAAUUGAUAAAGGAAACCGAUUGAUGCCUGAUACUUUAAUCUCACCAGAUGGAGAACAUAUUUACGUCCUAUCAACCUCUAAAAUUUCCAAGGUUCAAGUCGAGCAUUGCAGUAGCUAUACUAAUUGCAGCAGUUGUCUCGAUGCGAAAGAUCCUUAUUGUGGAUUUUAUAACAUUGAUAUAUAAUUUAGAUGUACAGUCCGAGGCGAUUGUCAGAAAGCAAGUCAUAGUAGCCCACGAUGGUUAUCCUUAGGCACAGGACAACAGUGCAUCGACUUUGAGCAAGUUCUUCCAGAUCGUAUGCCUAUCAAUCGAAUGACCACAGUUCACUUAACAAUCAGAACUUUACCUGAAUUACCAGCGGGUGCAAACUACAAAUGUGUUUUUGGUAAUGCGGAACCUAUAGAUGCAUUAAUGACUGGAUUUGGAUUAUCGUGUCCUACACCACCCGUUAUUGAAAGACCGAAUAUACCAGAUGGAGCCGAUCAUGUUCUAGUACCACUAUCUGUACGCUCUAGUGAAACGAAUAAAGACUUCGUCUCACGAAAUUUUGCAUUCUUCGAUUGUUCAAGACAUACUGUAUGUACAGAAUGUGUAAAAUCUCAAUGGGCAUGUAGUUGGUGUGUAUACGAUAACAAAUGUACACAUAACACAAGCUGCCAGGGUAUAAUUUCAGGGGAAAAUAAUCAAGCAAAUUUAGCCGCACAUGGAGCUCAGUACUGUCCAAGAUUUGUUCAUCGCCAAGAACCAUUGAUGUUACCUAAUAGUGUACCAAAAGAGAUAGUACUCGAAGUUGAAAAUUUACCGCAUCCUCAAGUGGGUCAUAGUGGAUUCCAAUGUAUUGUUUCAAUUGAAGGUGCUAAUCUAAAGGUACAAGCUCGUGUCGACAGUAGCCGCUUUAUAGUUUGUGAUAAAACAGUUUACUCGUACGAAGCAGUCACUGGUGAAUAUGAAGCAGAGGUAACAGUUGUUUGGAACAUUAACCAUCAUGUGGACAAAACUACUAUCAUCCUUUAUAAGUGUGAAGUGCUGGGUUCACAUCGUGAACACGCAGAUUGUUCUCUUUGCGUGACUAGAGAUGCGCGCUUCGAAUGUACUUGGUGUGGUAAUAGUUGCGUGUAUCGGCAUUCUUGUUUACAUUCACCAUUUACUGAAUGUCCAAAGCCGAGGAUAGAUAUGAUUAAACCUCUCAGUGGACCGAUCGAAGGUGGCACAUUAGUUACUAUAGAAGGUAGCAAUUUGGGUUUAAAAGAAAGUGAUGUAGAUGGAAAAAUACAUAUUGGUAACACUCCGUGUACUUUAGUCGACUAUGAAGUUUCUGUGCGUAUCGUUUGCCGUACUGGAAGACAUGAAGCAACAGAUACUGCUUCCGUGGUUGUUGGUAAUGAUGCUGGUUAUACUGAAAGCGCUGUACUAUUUAAUUAUAAGGAUAUACGUUUGUCUGGUGUCUAUCCAUCAGUUGGCCCACAAAGUGGUGGAACACAACUUGCCAUUACUGGGAUGUAUUUGAAUAUUGGUAGUACUAUUUCAGCUUACUUGGAUGAAUUACCAUGCCAUGUUAAUGCCACACAAGCAAGCAGCAGUAGAUUAACCUGUGUAACUAGUAAAUCCGACCGAGUAAGAAAAAUUGACAGACUGACUCUUAGCAUAGAUGGUGCGAACCGUACUCUAGUUGGUAAUCCCUAUAAUUACACUCAUGAUCCUACUAUUAUGGAGAUCAAACCAUUGACGAGCUUUGCUUCCGGUGGCCGCAUGAUCACCGUUCAUGGCACCAAUCUAGACACCAUCCAAAAGCCUGAGAUGGAGGUUUAUUUUGAUAAUGAACUACUGCCAAUAAAUAGAACUGUUUGUACAGUAUUAAAUCCGACGCAGAUGGAAUGUCCGAGUCCUAGCGUUGCUAAGCGUUUCAUGACUCUUCGACGUAAUGAGCGUGCUACCGUUAAUGGCCAAAGUACACCACCUCUGUCACUAAAGUUAAAGGAAUCUCAGUUGUCCUUAAAAAUAGCGUUUAUUAUGGAUAACGUAGAAAGUGUUCGAGAUUUGGAGAAGCAUUUUAAGAGUCUCAGAAAUCGUUUGCUUUACGUGGAAGAUCCAAAAUUCUUCGCCUUUCCACGAAAUAUUAAAUUGUAUAAAGGUGAUACAUUAGUGAUUGAGGGAGAAAAUUUGAUUUUCGCCAGUGACGAGUCUGAUGUAAAUGUCACUGUUGGGACAAUGCCAUGUAAUGUGACUUCGCUUGCUCUAACUCAAUUAGUUUGUAUUCCCCCAGAUCAACAACCAGCUGACACAGAUGAACUUGGAAUUAAAACUGAAAAUGGUCUACCUUUGGUCGUAGUACGCGUAGGUCGUAGCUUGAGGUUUCCCAUUGGUUUUCUGCGUUAUGAAGUGAUUAAAUCUUACCCAAUCCCACCAGAGGCAAUUGCGGGCAUAGCUGCUGGCACAUUCGGUCUCGUAUUUUUAUUUGUUCUAGUAUUAAUAAUAUAUAGACGGAAAAGUACGCAAGCGGAAAGGGAAUAUAAAAGGAUACAAAUACAGAUGGAUACUCUCGAAAGCAAUGUUAGGAUGGAAUGUAAACAGGCAUUUGCUGAAUUACAGACUGAUAUGACAGAUUUAACCGCAGAUCUGGAAUCCUCCGGAAUUCCAACUUUAGAUCACAAAAACUAUAUUAUGAAAGUAUUUUUUCCUGGUGUUACACAUCAUCCCAUAUUAAAUGAUCCUAGAUCACGUAGUAAUGUUUCCCGAACAAACUACGACGCUGCCAUGAUCCAGUUCGAGCAGCUGAUUAAUAAUAAAUACUUUGUAUUGACGUUUAUCGAAACCUUAGAGGCUCAAAAAGACUUUAAUAUUAGAGACAAAGUGAAUGUUGCAUCAUUACUCAUGGUUGUACUGAUGGGUAAGAUGGAAUACGCAACUGAUAUACUUAUGAAUCUUCUACUAAGACUUAUUGAAAAGGCAGUGAACACAAAGCAUCCACAGCUAAUGCUUAGAAGAACUGAGUCUGUGGUAGAAAAGAUGCUAACGAAUUGGAUGGCACUUUGUAUGUACAAUUAUCUUAAAGACUAUGCAGGUUCCUCUUUAUUUUUAUUGUUCAAAGCAAUAAAACAUCAAAUAGAAAAGGGUCCUGUAGAUGUGAUCACGCAUGACGCUAGAUACUCGCUGUCCGAGGAGAGGUUGCUUCGUGAGCAAAUCGAGCAUAGUAUAGUCACGUUACAUGUCGUACAAGAUGAUCUAGAUGAGAAGAUCCAGUGCAAGGUGUUAGAUUGUGAUACUAUAAAUCAAGUAAAGUCCAAGAUUCUAGAUGCUCUCUACAAGAAUACUCCUUUCUCACUGAGGCCGUCCGUUCAUGACGUAGAUUUGGAAUGGAGACACGGUAGAGGCGGUCAUUUAACUCUCCAGGAUGAGGAUCUCACAACAAAGUGCAACGGCGAGUGGAAGAAGAUAAACACAUUGGCACACUAUGGUGUUAAAGAAUCGGCGGUGAUGUCGUUGAUUCCUAGACAGAACGAUGGUUUUUCCGUCGCCUGUAAGCCACCGUGUCACAACUGCAAACCAUCGCAUUAUCAUCAGCAGCAACAGUCCAUUCAUCAUCAUACUCAUCACCAUCACUUGCAUCGUCACGCAAAUCACUGUUCGUCCACACAUCUUCCAUCCACACCUAAUCACAAUCUAAUUAGUCCUGUAAUGUACAAUCAUCCUGUCAGUGGUUUAUAUUUCGAAUCUCAACAUUCACCACCGAUCAUAACGGCGAACGGCGACGUUGAAAGUGGACAUGGAGGUAACCAACGAUUAUAUCACUUGGUAAGGCCUAUAGAAGAAAGUCACUACCCGCCAGGUAUGGGUUUUACUGGUAGCAAGCAUCAUCAUCCAGAACGAACACACAAAGCCAUCCCUGAGAUAUUUCUAACGAGAUUAUUAUCAACGAAGGGUACUGUUCAAAAGUUCGUUGAUGAUUUCUUGAACACGAUAUUAACAGCGAACGAAGCAUUACCUAGUGCUAUAAAAUGGUUGUUUGAUCUUUUGGACGACGCCGCGAAACAACACGGAAUUGUUGAUCCGGAAGUGCCACAUGCAUGGAAAUCAAACAGUUUGCCGCUUAGAUUUUGGGUGAAUUUUAUUAAGAACCCAGACUUCAUGUUCGAUAUUAAUAAAUCCACGACGGUCGAUUCGAGUUUAUCCGUUAUAGCGCAAACUUUUAUGGACUCAUGUUCGAUGACAGAGCAUAGGCUAGGCAAAGAUUCACCUUCAAAUAAGUUACUCUUCGCCAAGGAUAUACCGCACUACCGAGAAAAAGUGGGUCGUUUUUACACAGAUGUACAAAGACUGCCACAAAUUACUGAUCAAGAAAUGUCUAGUGCCAUGCAACAACUAAGUGCGUCACACGCGAAUGAGUUUGAUGUGAUUGCAGCACUGAAAGAACUUUACAUCUAUGUCAGCAAGUAUUAUGAACAAAUCUUAGAGGCCUUGGAGACAGACGCGGGCUGUCGCAAAUUACAUCUAGCUCAUAGGCUAGAAAAUGUCGCGUGCACGCUCGAAGGAGAGGAAACCAGUGCCUGCUGACACAACCUCCUCAUUGCUAUCCCAGGACCCGUCAAUCUCUCCAGAAACACUGACUAGUGCCUCCAUUUCAUGCAUCAGAUACACCUCGUUACAUAUGUACAAAUCUACACACCAUGUGAAUAACAAUGCCGUAACAA